AUGUAUUGGGCCGUCGUGUACCCAUCCCGAGUCGACAAGGUGAUCCGGCUCAAAAGGGUGUUUCAGCACGGCAUCAACUGCAUCGUCCUCAUCGGCGAGUUCGUCCUCAACGGGUUCGUUGUGCGGAAAGCGUCCCUCGGGCUCAUUGUGAUCUUGCCCGUGCUCUACGCGACGUUUGCCUGGAUUAGCCACGAAACGUGGAACUACGGGCUGUGGCCGUACAAAUUUCUCGACAUUUCUAGCCACGCGUCUCCCGUGUGUUUGUCGAAUCUCAAGUCGCGCUCCCGCCCCGCUCUCGACCCUGUCGCGAACGACCCCGACCUUGUCGCAAACGAGAAUGCAGCGUAA